AUAUAUAGCUUAUUUCAUUACAUUAUGAUUUAUACUAUUUUCUUUUUAUUAUCUUUUGGUGUUCUUGCCUUCUUCUCUCGUUUCCUUAUUACUAGUUUUUAUUUUAUUUAUAGACAGCUAAUUUAUCUUUUCCGUGUAACUACGUCUACUUAUGUUUCUCGAGCCAGGGCUCUUUUGGCCGCGCUUUCCUUUAUGGGUAUGAGUUGCCGCCGUCCUUCUCUCCCCAUACCUGUCCAUAAUUUUUUUAUGAACGGAAUACACCGGGUAGGAUGAUGAUAAUGUAUGUUGAAUGUCAAAAUGUCAAAAUUAAAGUGUUCAUGUAUGUUCCCAUGAAGCUUCCAAAUUUACUAUUAAAUUCAAAAACAUUAUGAUUUAUGUUCAAUGUAUGUUCAUAACCUUAUUUCAUGAUUUAUAGUCAACAUAUGAACUUUUCUAUUUCUUCAUUUUUUUUUACAUAUGCUUAUAUUCAAAUACUUCAUUACACGAAAACAAAAAUUAAUUUCAUUGACUAACUCUCAAUAAAUCAAACCCUUCGUCUAUAAAACACUACAUUCAAAAUCAAACAAUACCCAUUUCCAUUUUCUUAUAAAACUAUGAAAAAACCACUCAACAUGAGCCUUUUUUUAGUUUUCCUAGUAAUUUUUUCCACUUUUCAUCAAACAAAAUGCUUGAAAUUUGACUAUACAACCUUCAAUCAAUCCAUAAAUGGAGAUUUCUUAAUGUCUAAUUAUUCUUACAUAGUUCAAAAUGCCAUACAAGUAACCCCAGAUAAUGGGAACACCUUGAACAUUUCUGGUAGGUCCUUACACGAACAAAAAUUCUAUUUAUGGAAAGGAAAAAAAAUUGCAUCAUUCAACACAACAUUUGUGCUCAACAUUCAGGCAGUCUUAGAUGGUGGGGAUGGCGGUGGCGGUGAUGGGUUAGCCUUUGUUUUAGCCAAGGAUAAUGAUCUGCCCAUAAACAGUUCUGGGCAGUGGCUAGGAAUAGUCAAUUCUAAGACAAAUGGUUCUGCUGAUGGGAACAUUGUGGCUGUCGAAUUCGACACGAAAAAAAGUUUCCCUGAAGAUUUGGAUGAUAACCAUGUUGGAUUGAAUGUAAAUAGUGUGUAUUCUGUUGAACAAGUUUCGAUUUUGAACAAAACUGAUAUAAGGAUUGAUAAUGGUACUGAUUUUAGUGUCAUGAUCAUGUAUAAUGGUCCAAAUAAGGUUAUGAAUGUGUCUGUUAAGAAGGGAAAUGGCACAGAUUUUGUGCAGAUUCUGACAGUUAAAAUUGAUCUUUCUGUGCAUCUUCCUAGUGAAGUUUAUGUAGGAUUUUCGGGUUCUACUGGAUCGGGUUGGGAGAAGAAUUGUGUGAAAUCGUGGAUGUUCGAUGGAGAAGAUGUAGGAAAAGAAAGUCGAGGAUUGUUGUGGGUUUGGAUUGUGAUUGGUUGUUCGAUUUUGAUUGUAUUGGGCGUGUUAGUCGGGUUGUUAUGGUUCAUAAAACAAAGGAAAACGAAACAAGUUAAGGAUGAAGAGGAUUUGUAUAUGCAGAGUAUUGAGACAGGGUUAGGUCCUAAGAGAUUUAGGUUAAGGGAUGUUAAGAAUGCCAGUGGUAAUUUUAGCCCGAGUAAUGAGCUUGGUAGAGGGGGAUUCGGAGUUGUUUAUAAGGGAACGUUGGGUGGGAAUGAAGUUGCGAUUAAAAGAAUUAAGAAUUCUCGUCAAGGGAAGCAAAAUUUGAUUGCGGAACUUACUACAAUUGGUAACCUCCGACAUAAGAAUUUGGUUGAGUUAGUAGGGUGGUGUUACGAGAAGAACGAGCUUUUGUUGGUUUAUGAGUAUAUGCCUAAUGGAAGUCUUGAUAAGUUUAUUUGUUCCGAUGAUGAAAAUGUGAUUCUAAGUUGGGAAACAAGGCAUAGGAUUAUAUGUGGAGUUGCUCAAUCGCUUGAUUAUUUGCAUCAUGAGUGCUCGAAAAGGGUAUUACAUCGAGACAUAAAAACUAGCAACAUAAUGUUAGAUUCAGAGUUUAAUGCUCGGUUAGGUGAUUUUGGGUUGGCUAGAAUGUUUACAAAAGGUGAUCAAACACACCAUUCAACUAAAGAGCUUAUGGGUACACCUGGUUACAUGGCACCCGAGAUUUUACUCAUGGGGCACUCGACUGCAGAGACUGAUGUAUUCGCUUUUGGGGUUUUGGUACUAGUUGUAGCCUCAGGGAGGAUGCCAGGAGCUCAGCUUGAGGGUAAUGGAAAUGGGCUUACGAAUAACAAUCUUGUCGAUUGGAUUUGGGAACUUUAUAGAUCGAAAAUAGUUGUGAGUGCUGUUGAUCCGAAGCUAAAUGGGAAUUUCAACGAACAACAAGCUGAGUGUAUGUUUGAACUUGGUUUAGCUUGUUGUGAUCCAAACCCGCACAUGAGACCUUCCAUGAGAACCGCGCUCCAAGUUCUAAUGGGGGAAGCACUUCCACCAUUAGUACCCUUGGAGAAGCCAGUGUUCAUGUGGCCUGCAACACCAAGGGUAUCAUCCCUUAAUUUGGAGGGUGAGUCCUUAGGGGUAGAGAACAAUACGCUUACUUCUAUAGAACUUAGCCCAAGGUAGUUUAUAUUUUCAUAAUAAGUGUUAGAAUUAUAUGUUGUAUGCCUUGAUUUUAAAUUUUUUUAAUAAAAUCAUGCAUGUAUAGGUGUACACGUUUAGAAGAUUAAUUUUCGUUUGUAAUUUGCACGUGUAAAUAGAUUAACAUAAAGUGGUAUAUUAAUCGGAUAGUGUAAUAUUGUUAUUAAAGCCGUGCCGAGUAUUAAAAAUUGA